AUUCUCUCUGCCACUAGAACCAAUCUCAACAGAUAAGGAAACUUCACAAGACAGAAACAGAGAGAGAGAUGAGCCGUUGCUGCUAUCUUGGGCUCUGUGUCCCGAAUGCUUUGUCCCCUCUUUCUCCAAGGCCUCGCAGCGUCAAAGCUCCUUUCUGUAUUACAUCUCACGCAAAACCCAUCUCUAACACCGAUUCACUUCUUCAAAAUGUUGCCAAGAUGAGAGCAAAGGCUGGUGAUAUCUUUGGAGCAAAGAAGACAAUCUUUGCAGCUCAACUAGGGACAGUUCUUGCCAUGAUUGAUCAUCCGGCGUUGGCUAUAACUGGAGUCAACCACGAGCAGGAACUGGGCAGCGUGGUGCUCGACAUCGGUAUCAUAUCUGUUUUCUACUUCCUAGUAAUGCCACCAAUCAUAAUGAACUGGCUGAGAGUAAGAUGGUACAGAAGGAAGUUCUUCGAGAUGUAUUUACAGUUCAUGUUCGUCUUCAUGUUCUUCCCUGGGCUACUGUUAUGGGCACCAUUUCUCAACUUCAGAAAGUUCCCAAGAGAUCCAAAUAUGAAGUAUCCUUGGGACAAACCAAAAGACCCUUCCACUAUCAAGAACGGUUACCUCAAGUACCCAUUUGCACAGCCAGAAGACUACGACUACUAAAAGUUCCUUACAUAUCUUGUCACUGUAUAUACUCUGGACUCACUCAAUGUGCAGGCUCUUUUCUUAUACUCAGUCUUUAAGGCUCUAUGUUCAAUAUAGACUCGUUUAUAUUUGGACAUAACAACCAAUGUUCGCCUACGCAUUUAACAACUACUCCCUCCAUUCAACU